AUGUCAAAACGCUCAGCACCUUCUUCUCCUACUGAAGAGCAUCCAGAGACUAAACGACCAAAGCUACCGGAUACUCAGGAGGCGACUUCACCACCGCUCGAAACUGUCAAUAAUACACCAUCACCAUUAAUAGAAAAUAUCCAGGGCGAUUCACCGCAGAGCGAACCACCAGUAAAGCCCGAUGAUAAGCCUGUGGCCACAAAAGAGAAGAAAAAUAAGAAGGAGACAAAGCGCAAGGCUGGCGACGGCUUUGCGCCCUGGAAGCCCAAGCCAGCUUAUAUCGACAUCCCCGAGCUUCAGCCACAUUGGGGUAUCGUCCCACGCCCAGGAACUUAUGAGAGACCAUCUCAUCCGCAGCCCUCAGCUACCACCAGCGAAGGGGCUAUUCGCCCAGCCCUCUGGGAAGACCGCAAGGGUUCUGUUCGUCUGAAGCGUGGUAGCCGCUAUAUAAACGGCUACGAUCAAGCAUUUCACAUGUGGCUUCCACUGAUGGACGUACGACCCAUCAGUAGCAAGGAUCAAAAGCCUCGUCGCGUGCCAGUAGGCUACUACUAUCCGCAUGGUAUGCCGAUAGUCUGGAAUGACACCGGUGCUCUGAAUGACGUAAACAAAGCACUCCAGGAGGCGAUUAAAUCCAAGUCGAACAAAGAAGCGCCCUUCAAUCAAGUCGAACGCGGCAUUCUUGCUAAAAUCUUUUCCGAAAGCCCCGAUAUCUCAAUGCUUGAUGCUGCGGAGCAGUUCAAUGAGCGAGCCUAUCCCAUCACCGCACCUGAAUCUGGUCGUUAUCCCAGCGGCCGCUUCACUGAAAGCAUUCAACAUGAGUUUCGUAUUUAUCAGUCUUCGUACAUAAAAGGUCAAGCACCAACG